CUGUUGCUGAAACAUUGUGGUAGAGACACAGAUGAUUUCACCGAAAACCAGAGAGAAAAGAAACUUCACUGUUUAAACUGAAUUGUAGAGGAACCAUUUCCGGGGAGACGAAGGCCAUUUGGCGGCGCCACAAGACCGUGUAACCAAGUUUGCACUAUAACUCGUUAGUAAACGAAUCUUUGUCAAUGGGAAAUGCAACUAGACCACGCCAAUGGAACUAAUGACGUUAUUAACCCAUUCAAACAAUGUGAUAUUAACCGUGCGCUGUAUCACCUGAUAACCUUGGAAAACAGCUCAAGUGGAAAACAGGGAGAACGAAUCCAACCCUUAGGGGGAACGUAGCCAACUGCGGCCACCAGGUGACUGGAGAACUCUUUCUCCUCCUUCAGUGUUCAGUUUCUUCUGCUGCCAAGCCCAGGUAAGGGCGUCACAAGGUAGCUCUCAUACGAAGUUUGUGUCUAAUUUGGCAUGAUCAUUUAAGAACCAUUUCAACAUGAAUAUCCUCUCACUGCUUACCAUCGGAGUGAUUCUUCUUGUGACGGAUGCCCAGGGUGCCGUGAAACGCUGCUUCAAAUGCCGUUCCAGAGGCGAGCUGGGCGAUUGCCGCAAUCCUGACGAGAGAACAUCAAGUCUGCCAAGCACUGGAAGGAAUCCUUUCCUUUUGUCUUCCGACAGAGAUCAAACGACUAGAAGCAACUCGAAUGCUUUCGGAGCCAACUUUGACAGUUCCUCGUCGUGGAGUGGAGUUGAAGCUGUACCGUGCUCAUCAGGCUGGUGUGCAAAAGUGAUAGAAGGCAAGGGCACGUUCAAAGCUGAAGAGUACGGAAUGGCGACGGAGCGGAUGUGUCUGCAACGGCCGCCACAAGAUUUGCGUGAGCGAUGUGCCAUGACGGUUCGAGGCAAUCAAGAAGUCUACAUGUGCUUCUGUCAAGGCGACCUGUGCAAUGGCCAGCCUACGUUCAAAGCUUCAUUGGACCUGAUUGCUGGCCUUGCUUUGUCGGCCUUAUUCGUUUUGCGCACUUUUUAAAGAUUCAUCGUGCAACAUACUCUCUCAUUCCAGGCAUCCUGUUUGCGUUUUAAAUCAUUCCUCAUAACAUAACUUCGUUGACACAAUAGACAAUUUUGCUUUUAAA